AUGUCAUCGCUAAAGCAGUUCAUUCGAAAUGUACGCUCGGCAAAGACUAUUGCCGACGAGCGGGCAGUCAUCCAGAAGGAAAGCGCCGCCAUUCGAGCCUCAUUCCGAGAAGAGAGCCACGACUCGAACAUCCGGAGGAAUAAUGUGGCCAAACUGCUUUAUCUCUUCACCCUUGGAGAGCGAACUCACUUUGGUCAGAUCGAAUGCCUGAAGCUCCUCGCUUCUCACCGAUUCGCCGACAAGCGAUUGGGAUACCUGGGGACCAUGCUAUUGCUCGACGAGAAUCAGGAAGUUUUGACAUUGGUCACGAAUUCUUUGAAGAAUGACCUUAACCACUCCAACCAGUAUAUCGUCGGCCUCGCUCUCUGCGCCCUCGGCAACAUUGCUUCAAUCGAGAUGUCUCGUGACCUGUUCCCUGAAGUCGAAAACCUCAUGUCCACAGCGAACCCUUAUAUUCGACGGAAAGCGGCGAUUUGCGCGAUGCGGAUAUGUCGCAAGGUCCCCGAUCUGUACGAACACUUCCUCGAGAAGGCCAAAAAUCUCCUCGGAGAUCGGAACCACGGUGUUUUGAUUUGCGGUCUCACAUUCGCGACGGAUCUUUGCGAGGCAGAGGAGGAAGAGGAGGGCCCGGAGGGCGUGAUCGAGAUGUUCCGGCCGCUGGCCGGAGGCCUCGUGCGUGCUCUGAAAGGGCUGACAACCUCCGGCUAUGCCCCAGAGCACGAUGUGUCCGGCAUCACAGAUCCGUUUCUUCAGGUCAAGAUUCUCCGGUUCCUGCGGGUAUUGGGACGAGGAGAUCCCGCUACUAGCGAGCUGAUCAACGAUAUUUUGGCCCAGGUGGCCACCAACACGGACUCGUCAAAGAACGUUGGCAAUGCCAUUCUUUAUGAAGCUGUUCUCACAAUCCUGGAUAUCGAGGCCGACUCCGGUUUGAGGGUGCUAGGUGUCAAUAUUUUGGGUAAAUUCUUGGCGAACAAGGACAACAAUAUCCGUUAUGUUGCUUUGAAUACCCUAAAUAAGGUCGUUGCGAUUGAGCCAAAUGCGGUACAGAGACACCGCAACACCAUCCUGGAAUGUCUGCGGGAUCCUGAUAUUAGCAUUCGCCGGCGAGCGCUCGAUCUCAGCUUCAUGUUGAUCAACGAAAGCAAUGUGCGAGUGCUUGUUCGGGAGCUCCUGGCUUUCCUGGAGGUUUCCGACAACGAGUUCAAGCCGGUUAUGACGACUCAAAUUGGUAUUGCCGCGGACCGAUUCGCGCCUAAUAAGCGUUGGCACAUGGACACCAUCCUCCGGGUUCUCAAGCUGGCUGGGAACUACGUCAAAGAGCAAAUACUUUCUUCCUUCGUCCGCCUCAUUGCGACCACUCCAGAGCUGCAGACCUAUGCUGUUCAAAAGCUCUAUUCUUCCUUGAAGGAGGAUAUCUCACAAGAGGGACUCACGCUUGCUGCAGCCUGGUCUAUCGGUGAAUAUGCCGAUAGCCUGUUGCAAGGUGGUCAAUACGAGGAAGAAGAGCUGGUUAAGGAGGUCCGGGAAAGCGACAUUGUCGAUCUGUUUACCAACAUCCUCAACAGUACCUAUGCCUCGCAGAUCGUGGUUGAAUAUAUCAUCACCGCAUCCAUGAAACUCACAGUGCGUAUGUCGGACUCUGCCCAGAUUGAACGCCUGCGUCGCUUCCUCAGCGGCCGAACUGCCGACUUGAGCGUCGAGAUUCAGCAGCGUGCCGUUGAAUACACCAAUCUGUUUGGAUACGACCAGAUUCGCCGUGGUGUUCUCGAGCGCAUGCCUCCUCCUGAGAUCCGUGAGGAGCAGCGUGUGCUUGGUGCCCCGAGCAAGAAGCGUCAGAGCAAGAUCGUUCGUGGCAAGUCCACUAAGACGUCUAAGCCCGCCGAUCACGACCUGCUUCUUGACCUGAUGGGUGGUUCCGAUGCCACCGUGACUAGCCCGACUUCCAACGGCUCAAACACCGCCGAUCUGCUGGCAGAUAUUCUUGGCGGAGACUCAGGUUUGUCCUCGCCUGCUCCUGCGCCCGCGGCUCAGAGCAGUUCCAACAAGAACGACAUCAUGGGCCUCUUUGGCUCGAAUGGCGCCUCGCCCUCUCCCCAGCCGAGCCAGCAAGCCUCUUCCGGGCUCGACCUGCUAGGAGGUGGAAUGGGCGUUUCUGCCCCUUCUCCUUCUGCCUCUCCUGCCCCGGUUUCUGCUUCGACUCCUGCACACACAGCCUUCAACAAGGAUGGACUUGUCCUCGCACUGCAAGUCCAGCGAAGUGGUAAUACUGCUCAAAUCAUGGCUCGUUUCCGCAACGAGUCUAACUUCGACCGCUUCUCCAACGUCGGCUUGCAGGCUGCUGUGCCUAAAAGCCAACGCCUGCAACUGAGCGCCAUCAGCAAGGCUGAGUUGGACGCCGGUGAAGAAGGCACCCAGACACUGCGUGUGACUGCAUUGAAUGGGGCCCUGCCGCCGAAACUUCGUCUCCGUCUCCGAGUGACAUCUUCGCGGGACAACUCAGACCCAGUCACGGACCAAGUGGACUGGACCGAGCCAUAA